AUGCUACUCCGCCGUGCGUGGCAACCAGCCGUCGAUCAUCAUGGCGUCAUGAAUGGGGAGGAAAUGUCAUUGCCAGUCAGAGCCCGGUUAUGGAAUGCCAUCUCACUCGCUGUGGAUGCUGUGCCUUUUGCCAUCGCAGGCCACGUCGUGGUCGUAUCCCACCGUCGACAACCUCACCUCCUCCUCUUCCUCCAGCUCACUCCAGCUAUCGUUACGACUCCUCCUGUUCCUGCAAUCCCUAGCUCACCUCGCCUUCACCUAUCCGUCCUCCUCCUCCCUACUCCGAGCCUGUCGUGCUUGUCCUUCCAUACUCAGCAUCAGCAUCAGACAAAGCGUCCGCCCGGUCCGGUCUAUCAACCUCCACCCUCUGUUGCUCUGCCGAACUCUGCUCCCAAUACCCCAAAGCCUACUCACCUGGUUCUUCUCCGGAGCCAGGCCGAAGGCAUCCCGUUCAUCUUCGACCUGGCAGGCCAUUCUCCGCGAGGAUCACCUCCCCUUAUCGCCUCCGACCACCCCGAAUCCCCUUACACUACUACUACUGCUGUUUCUACCACGCUGUCCGCCGCUGCCGAUUUUGGUUCCCUAGCUCCGGCCGAAGAGUCUCUCGUAUACGACUCAGCAUCUACACACCAUACCGGUUCUUCGCUCGAUCGUCCCCGCAGUAUUGAUCAAACACUGUUGUCAGACUCCCGCAACCGCCGCCGUCGUCGCCGGUCUGAUAUCCCCUCGCCAGAGCCGUCGGAAGGAAACUCUGGACGGGGACUAAGCAGCAACCACCUUUCUUCUGAGGGCACCCGUGGAGCCCACCGAUUAGGCCGAGCAGAAGGCCUACCGCCGUCUCCCAAACGCAGGCGUUUGGCAAACAUGCGGCCCAAAGAUGACCAAUCUCCGAGUACAGCGAAUGGACUGCUGGCCACGUCGCCGCGGAGGAAGGCGGCUCUGGCAAAUUCCUUGAAUGGUAGCGUAUCAUCCAACGGCGCUAAUGGGCACUCGGCUACGAACGGUGCCGCAAAACAUUCAGUAGCGUCGUCGUCCACAUAUUUUGGUCAUGAUCGGGAAGAGGUUACCAGAAUUUUGAUUCAGGGUUUAUUUGAUCUAGGGUAUACUGGUGCUGCGGCUGCACUGACGAGGGAAAGCGGCUAUGAAUUGGAGAGUCCAUCAGUGGUAGCGUUCCGCAAUGCCGUGCUCGACGGACGGUGGUCCGAGGCGGAAAGCAUAUUACUAGAGUCAUUCGAAGAUGAUAAUAGUGCCGAUGAUGAUGAUGACGGCGAUGACGGAAUAGAUGGAGAAUAUGAUUCCCCGUCCCAUUGGGGCAAGCUGGCUCUUGCCGAGACCGCAGACAAGAAUGAAAUGCUUUUCCUUCUACGGCAGCAGAAAUUCAUGGAAUUACUUGAGGCUCGGGAUUUGGCUUUCAUAUCGCCAGCGGUAAUGAUCCCUGACCGCCGAUUAGCCGUUCUUCUAGACUAUGUCAAGCAUAAUCAGAUCAACCAAUGCUUGUAUCAUAACACUGCCCAACCACCAUCCCUUUAUUGUGACCAUAUCUGUGACCGCAACUCUUUUCCUCGACAUGCCACAUAUCAAUUGACGAGACAUUUAAAUGAAGUCUGGUAUGUCGAAUUUUCUCACGAUGGGACGAAACUUGUCACAGCCAGCAAAGAUAAGUCGGUUAUAAUUUAUGAUGCCACAGACAAAUUCUCUGUGGUUCACAAGUUUUUUGAACAUCAGAAGCCAGUUGCAUAUGCCACUUGGAGUCCCGAUGACUCGAAGCUUAUCACAUGCUCUCAAGAUAAAACAGCUAAAGUUUGGGAUGUCCAGACCGGUCGUUGUUUAUUAACCAUUGAGCAACAUUCGGAGGCGGUCACCGCGGCUGCAUGGGCGCCCGACGGUGAAUCUUUUGUGACGGCAUCCAUGGAUAUCAAGGCACAGCUCUGCCAUUGGGGCUUGCAGGGACGCCGCCCAUUAUAUGUGUGGCCGGGUGGUUUUCGAGCCGUAGACUGUGCAAUCACACCGGACGGAACUCGACUGGUUGCAUGUGACGAAAAGGACAAGCUAUAUGUGUAUGAUCUUGAGACACGGGUCGAAGAAUACUGUCUAUGCCUCAAGAGUAAGAUCACAUCGGUUAGCAUCAGCAAAGAUUCGAAGUACGUUUUGGUAAACCUGAUUGACAAUCAAAUACAACUUAUCGACAUUGAAACGACCGAAGUUGUUCGUCGUUUCUACGGCCAAAAGCAGGGAGAGUGGGUCAUUCGAAGUUGUUUUGGUGGUGCUGGCGAGAACUUUAUCGUUAGUGGAAGCGAAGACUCCCAAAUUUAUAUCUGGCACAAAGAGAAUGGUACCCUUGUUGAGACAUUGGACGGACACACGAAAGGCUGUGUCAACGCAGUUUCUUGGAACCCGAAAAACCCUAGCAUGUUUGCUUCAGCAGGCGACGACUUUGUUGUGCGGAUCUGGACACAAGAUAAUAAUCCCUAUAAAGGUACCGCUGGGAAAGGCGGAUUUACAACGCCAACCGAAUUUACGCGUACGAGUGCUCUUCGGUCAACAACGAGCCUUUCUUGA